ACAAUGGGAUCUAUUGAGAGGCCGCGGCACAAAGCGCAGCGCCCGAGCCAGGGCGAUUCCAGCCCGCAUUGUUGUCCCAGCUGUCUUCCCGGGGGAGGAGGAGGGGACAGAGGAGGAAGGGCAGCACCAGGAUUUGCUUCCCAGCGCCGGGGGAGAGGCUGCGGAGAUGGAAUUCCCUCCUGCCCGCUCCUCCGGACUGCCCGGCCCGUGGGGAGGGACUGAAAAGCGGCAGGAAAAGAGCCUGGAACGGUAAAAGAUGCGGCUGUUCCCCCCGCCGUGCAGAGGGACGGGAUGGAGAGACGGGGAAAACGCUGGUUUGUGGGAAUCCGGAGAGUGUCUGGCGUGGAAUUCCCCGGGAGAUCGGCCCUGGAGCUGAGCAAGAUGUUCUCAAACAACGAUGAGGCCGUGAUCAACAAAAAACUGCCCAAGGAGCUGCUGCUGAGAAUUUUCUCCUUCCUGGAUGUGGUCACUCUGUGUCGCUGUGCUCAAGUUUCCAGGGCAUGGAAUGUUCUGGCCCUGGAUGGCAGUAACUGGCAGCGAAUUGACCUGUUUGAUUUCCAGAGGGACAUUGAGGGCCGGGUGGUCGAGAACAUUUCCAAGAGAUGUGGGGGAUUCCUGCGGAAGCUGAGCCUGAGGGGCUGCCAGGGAGUGGGGGACAACGCCUUAAGGACCUUCGCCCAGAACUGCAGGAACAUCGAGGUGUUGAACCUCAAUGGUUGCACCAAGAUCACAGACGCCACCUGCACGAGCCUCAGCAAGUUCUGCUCCAAACUCAGGCACCUGGACUUGGCCUCCUGCACCUCCAUCACCAACCUGUCCCUGAAAGCACUGAGCGAGGGAUGCCCGCUGCUGGAACAGCUCAUCAUCUCCUGGUGCGACCAAGUGACCAAGGACGGGAUCCAGGCCCUGGUCAGGGGCUGUGGGGGGCUCAAAGCCCUGUCCCUGAAGGGCUGCACCCAGCUCGAGGAUGAGGCCCUGAAGUACAUCGGUGCUCACUGCCCCGAGCUGGUGACGUUAAACCUUCAAACCUGCUUGCAAAUCACGGACGACGGGCUGAUCACCAUCUGCAGGGGCUGCCACAAGCUGCAGUCCCUGUGUGCCUCUGGCUGCUCCAACAUCACCGACGCCAUCCUCAACGCCCUGGGGCAGAACUGCCCUCGCCUCAGAAUAUUGGAGGUGGCGAGGUGUUCCCAGCUGACCGACGUGGGCUUCACCACCCUGGCCAGGAACUGCCAUGAGCUUGAAAAAAUGGACCUGGAAGAAUGUGUCCAGAUAACAGACAGCACCCUAAUCCAGCUUUCCAUACACUGUCCACGGCUCCAGGUCCUGAGUUUAUCCCACUGUGAGCUGAUCACGGACGACGGGAUCCGGCACCUCGGGAACGGCGCCUGCGCCCACGACCGGCUGGAGGUGAUCGAGCUGGACAACUGUCCCCUCAUCACUGACGCCUCCCUGGAGCACCUCAAGAGCUGCCACAGCCUGGAGAGGAUAGAGCUGUACGACUGCCAGCAGAUCACCCGCGCAGGGAUCAAGAGACUCAGGACCCACCUUCCCAACAUCAAGGUCCACGCCUACUUCGCCCCGGUGACCCCCCCGCCCUCGGUGGGCGGGAGCCGACAGCGCUUCUGCAGAUGCUGCAUCAUCCUAUGACGCUGGAAACGGCUCUUCCCGGCAAAACUGAGGCUGGAAUUGCGCCCGUGGCGUUCCAGGAGGGG